AUGAACUGGGAUCUCAAACCAGACAAUAUUCUACUGGACCAUGAGGGUCAUAUAAAAAUAGCAGAUUUUGGCAUGGCCAAGCAGAACAUUUUUGGCAGUAGAACCAUCACUGGCCAGGCUGGAACACUCGACUACAUGGCUCCGGAGAUCUUCUCAAACAAGGGUUACAAUGCGGCGGUGGACUGGUGGGCAUGUGGAGUCAUCAUCUGUGAAAUGGCCACCGGAGAGAUCCCAUUCCCAGAUGACAGCGAUGAUGAGGACUUCAGUGACGAACCCAACAUCCCUUCCUGGCUGAGUAAGGAUCUCAAAGAUCUGCUGCGAAAGCUACUGGAGAGGAAUCCUGACCGGCGCCUUGGUGUGUAUGGCAACAUCAGACAGCACCCAUUCUUUUCAGCCAUUGACUGGGAGGAGCUGGAAUGGCCGCCAGUACCACCGCCUUUCGACCUUGAAACAUCAUCAAGGGAGCAGAUGAAGCCAUACGAAGGAAAGGCUCUAUCGUUCCUGGAGUCCCAGAAGAACAACAACGCAUCAGGGGACACAAUGAACAUUCCAGGCCUUUCCUUCAUAGAUUCUACUUGGCAGGAUUAAGUUUCUAAGGCUCAGCCAUGGAAUUCCAUCAGCAUGAAAUUUGAAACAUCAGUAACCAUCAUCCAUGGACUUUGGAACAAGAUCAUCUCCACCUGCUGCAUUGAGACACCAUCAUACUCUGCAAUGCCUGGUCGUACCAUCUGAUCCAGUGCCACCUGGGAAACACCUUCUAGACCUCACCCAGUAACACCGGGAAGAGGUAAGUAUAUUUAUAUUUAUUUAGAGCGAAUGGUGCGUGAUUGUGUGAGAGAAUGUGAGAUAUGAAAGGCUAAGGAUGUAACAGGACAGGUAGAGAUGGCU